AGUCAAUCUACUCUAAUUUUCCCGUCAACUUCUCACGUCGCUCGCGCUCGAGUGCAAGCCAAUUCCUUUUCAAAAGAUGCUCCAUAAUCGAGCGCCAUCCGCUACAAGAAUCAGCGGCAAACCACAUAUUUAUUUGAAAGCUGAUGGCAAGCAGCAAAAACCGGGAAACAGUUUUUGGGGUCGUCGCAGUCAUGUUUCUGCUUUUUCUGGCCUCCUAAGUUUGCUUUUCGCAAUUGGCACCUUUCUUUUCGUGCAGUUUCUUCGUAUUUGCCUCGAGCAUUUCGACGGCUCUCUACGACAGGGCUUGUUUGAGCUACUGGUAUACUCAUCACCGAUAGCUCUUUUUCGGCGCUAUCUUCCUGACAUGUCCUAUGGCCAUAUGAUGGCGUAUGCGAGCUGGAUAGUUUCCCAGGGACUGUUGUACUCCCUUCUUCCAGGGAAGACCGUCUAUGGGCCACCAACACCGGGGGGAAAUACCCUGCCCUACCGGAUGAACGGACUGUUGUCGUGGUGUAUCACAGUUGGUACAGUCGUUCUGGCCGCUUGUGUAGGAGGUGUUGAGGUAGUUGCAAGCUUAGCCCAAAAUUGGGCAGGACUGUUGGCCGCAGCGAACGUCUAUGGACUAGUAUUGCCAGCUCUGGCUGUGGCAAAGGGUCAUAUGUGGCCGAGCUUUAAGACCGAUCGGCGGCUUAGUGGCUCUAUCUUUCACGAUUUUCUGGUUGGCGUUGAACUGAAUCCCCGACUGGGUCGGCACUGGGAUCUGAAGAUGUUCCAAGUUGGCCGUCUAGGAAUGAACUCCUGGGUCGUGAUCGACCUAUCUUUCAUGGCCCAACAAUACCUCCACUAUGGCACAAUCUCUAACUCAAUACUAAUUGUGAUCAUUCUCCAUGCCGUAUACGUCAUCGAUUUCUUCAUCAACGAGGACUGGUACCUUACAACCAUAGACAUCGCCCAUGACCACUUCGGCUUCACCCUCGCCUGGGGCUCUGCCGUUUGGUUACCCAUGGUCUAUACCGUGCAAGCCCAAUACUUGGCCUUACAUCCAGUUGAGCUCUCUUCAUUCACAUUCGGCGCGAUCCUUGCAACAGGUAUCUUGAGCUAUGUGCUAUUUCGUCUUGCCAACCACCAGAAACAUCAUUUCCGACAAACGAAGGGCAAUUGUCAGAUUGCCGGUAGCAAGCCUCGUGCGAUCAGGGCCCAGUAUACUACGGCGAAGGGGAAAGUCCACGAGACAUUUUUGCUGUAUUCUGGCUGCUGGGGGAUUGUGCGCCAUCCCAACUAUGUUGGUGACAUUGUUUUCUCUUUCUGCACGUGCGUGUGCUGUGGAUGGUCCCAUGUUCUACCGUAUAUCUAUUUCAUCUAUAUGACUAUACUGCUGGUCCAUCGGUGCCAUCGGGAUGAGAAGCGGUGUUCAGCUAAGUACGGGUCCCGGUGGGAGGAGUAUCAGCAGAUGGUGCGGUGGAGGAUGAUCCCUGGAUUAUUCUGAGCCCUGUUCAUUAUAUAGUGGCCUUGGAGCAGGCUUCGAAUUAACAUACGCGGAGUCGAAGAAGGCUAUAUACUAUAACUUGAUAGUGCACUAUUUCUAAUAUCGGAUACGUUUUUGUUUAGUCAGAAUGCAUACUAGGCAGAAUUAUGACUGGUAUAGACAUCUGACUUCGAUUUAAUUACUAGUUACUUCACGGGGUGUGUUUAGUUGGCUGUAAAGGAAAAGUUU